CGGAACAGACAUGCCUGGCGGCGUCGUGUUCUUGGUUUGCAUACCCACCCUGAGUUACGAGCACGAGCUGGUGUUCGGCGUGCCGCUGAAGUGUCCCGAGAAGAUCGAGAAGAGCAAGAACAAGGUCGCGGUUGGCGUUGCGCCGAAGGUGGAUCUGCGUCUGAAGGAAGUGAGAUCGCGUCCGCAGCUGCUCACCCUCGACGACGACGGUCGCUACGACGAUGCCGAGGACGACGACAGGGGCGACGGCGACGUCGGCAUCGACGUCGGCAUCGACACCAGGAGGCAACGCGCUCGCGGAUACUCGGCGCGAACGAAAUCGCCGGUCUUCGUGCCGAUGGAAACGGUUCUCGGCGAGCUCCUUAAGAAGCUGAAAGUAGAGCACGUGGUAUGGUGCAAGGAUAAGGAGGACAUGUAUUACGAGGUGAUCUUUCCGGUCCCCGCCGGCGAGCCCUGCGAGAACUGCAUACACUGCCUCACUGAGAUGGGCAUCGGAGUCAAGAUGAACUCGAUAGUAAGCGUGAUCCCGACGCAGUGCACGUACAGCGCGGCAGGAUUGCCGGUCAUCAAGGACGACGCUGCUCGCAGGCGAAAGGAGGCGGAGGAUCGUAGGAAUGCAUGGGACGAUUUCGUGGGAUCGAUCAGAUCGAAGUUGACGGUGAAGCAGGUGGUCGAUGGAGUUCGCAGCGGUGGCGAUCUCAGCUUCGACUACGUGCUGCUGGUCUUGACCGCGGACUGCCUCGCCGCGCUCGGACUCGUCGAGAACAGCGCGACCAACGUCGUCGCGGCAAUGCUGGUGUCACCACUCAUGGGACCCGUGAUGUCGCUGACCUUUGGGACCAUCAUAGCCGACAGGGAUCUGCAGCUGGUCGGCCUGAAGAGUCUGAUGCUCGGCAUCUUCCUCUCGAUACUCUUCGGCUUCAUCUUCGGUCUCAUCCUCGGCACGACGGAGAUGCCCUGGGGCUACAACGACUGGCCCACCGAUGAAAUGAAGGGCAGAGGCAACUAUAGAUCACUUUGGAUGGGUGUCCUGUGGGCUCUGCCAUCCGGUACAGGCGUUGCGGUCGCUUUACUGCAAGGCAGCAAUGGACCGCUGAUUGGCGUCGCCAUAUCGGCCUCAUUACUGCCGCCAGUCGUUAAUUGCGGUCUAUUCUGGGCUCUCGGCUGCAUAUGGCUCAUUUACCGGCCCAUAAAAAUGCCCCACAUCAAGGGCGAGUCUUACACGAACUUCAAUAGCUCGUACAAGUACAUCUACACCGACUACUUGCCGGUCGAGUUCUUCUGCAACGGCAUUAUCAGCGCCUGCUUGACGUUUAUUAACGUAAUGUGCAUCUUUAUUACGGCGAUAAUAGUAUUGAAGAUUAAAGAAGUGGCCGCGCCGUACACAUCCACGCCGGAACUGCGUCGAUUUUGGGAGCACGACAUCCGUCUAGUCCGCGAUAAGAAUAUCUCGAGGGAUAACAGCUCUCUCGAUUCGAGUUACUACGACGGGCUGAGCAAAGUCAAACAACGAGCGCUGGAACGCACGCUGAACGCAGCGGUGAGGGAAGCGAUGGACGAUGAGACUUUUAGAAAAGUGCAACGGCUCAGUUACGGACAACACGGACCGGAAGAGAUCGGACCUCGGCUUGGUCUUCAUAAUCGCGGGAACACGAGCAGAAGCAACAUGAAGAAGAACGAGAGCGUGGAGGAGUUAGGCGCGGAUCUGCGCUCGCGCAUGGACCGCUUGACGAGUUCCGACAACACGAGCGAAGACUUGGCCGCUUUGGACCGACUGAUAACGUAUCUUUUGGGCCAGCCGAGUAAUCCCGCCGGUAGCAACCUGGGCUCGUGGAGACGUUCGCGUCGCGCUAGCGUGCGAGGAUACCGACAGCUACGCGGCAACGCUGCCGGCGUCGCGGAAACCGGCGGCGUCGGCGCCAAUAUCGGCACGACGCCUCUUUGAGAAGGUCACGGGAUACGCUCCGAGAAUAUCGGAUGCGAGCCUGGUGA